CACUAGAGGGAGCUGCUCGCGCCGCCUCGCCGCCCCUCACGCCCGCGGUCCGCGCGCCUUCCAGCCGGCGCCGCCGCCGCGAUGGCGGAGGACAGCGAGUCUGCGGCCAGCCAGCAGAGCUUGGACCUGGACGACCAGGACACGUGCGGCAUAGACGGGGACAAUGAGGAGGAGGCCGAGCACACCAAGGGGAGUCCUGGAGGGGAUUUGGGUACCAAGAAGAAAAAGAAGAAGCAGAAGAGAAAAAAAGAGAAACCAAAUUCUGGAGGCACCAAGUCAGACUCUGCAUCAGAUUCCCAGGAAAUUAAAAUUCAGCUGCCAUCAAAACACAACACCAUCUGGCAGCAGAUUUCCACAGGAGCAGCCUCGGAAUCCCACCAUCCCAAUGCAGAAGUUGCAGGGCAUCCAGAGAGCAAUGGAGCUGUUAUCGGCAUGCCAGGGCCCCGCCAGGAACAUUGAUGAGGCUGCCAAACACAGAUACCAGUUUUGGGACACACAGCCGGUACCUAAACUAAAUGAGGUGAUAACAUCUCACGGAGCAAUUGAAGCAGAUAAAGACCAUGUCCGUCAGGAGCCAUACUCCUUGCCGCAGGGUUUUAUGUGGGACACUUUAGAUUUGGGUAAUGAAGAAGUGCUCAAGGAGUUAUACACAUUGUUAAACGAGAAUUACGUGGAAGAUGACGACAAUAUGUUCCGCUUUGACUAUUCCCCUGAGUUCCUGCUGUGGGCUCUUCGUCCCCCAGGCUGGCUCCCCCAGUGGCACUGUGGGGUCAGAGUGUCUUCAAACAGAAAGCUCGUCGGGUUCAUAAGUGCCAUCCCAGCGAACAUUCGGAUUUAUGACAGUAUGAAGAAGAUGGUUGAAAUUAACUUCCUUUGUGUACAUAAGAAAUUGAGAUCUAAACGGGUAGCCCCAGUAUUAAUUCGAGAAAUAACCAGAAGAGUGAACCUAGAAGGGAUUUUUCAAGCUGUUUAUACUGCUGGAGUGGUUCUUCCUAAGCCAGUGGCCACUUGCAGAUACUGGCAUCGGUCACUAAACCCCAGAAAAUUAGUAGAAGUGAAAUUUUCUCACUUGAGUAGAAAUAUGACUUUACAGAGAACAAUGAAGCUAUACAGACUUCCAGAUGCAACAAAGACUUUAGGCUUGAGACCCAUGGAACCAAGAGAUGUCAAAGCAGUUCGAGAACUAACCAACAGCUACCUGCAGCAGUUUCACCUGGCCCCAGUGAUGGAUGAAGAGGAAGUUGCCCAUUGGUUCCUCCCCCAGCAGCAUAUUAUUGACACCUUUGUAGUGGAGAACUCCAGUGGUAAACUAACUGACUUCCUGAGCUUCUACACACUCCCCUCUACAGUCAUGCACCACCCAGCUCACAAGAGCCUCAAGGCUGCCUACUCUUUCUACAACAUUCACACAGAGACACCCCUGCUGGACCUUAUGCAUGACGCACUAGUCAUUGCAAAAUUGAAAGGAUUUGAUGUCUUCAAUGCAUUAGAUUUGAUGGAAAACAAGACAUUCUUGGAAAAACUCAAGUUUGGCAUAGGAGAUGGCAAUUUACAGUAUUAUUUGUACAAUUGGAGGUGUCCAGGAACAGAUUCUGAAAAGGUUGGACUUGUAUUACAAUAGAUGGCUAUAUCUAGAACUCUGCAUCAUCAUCUGUUAAUAUUCUGUUUGGUUCCUGGAAAUCUCAUUCCAAGGAAGAAAAGCACAACUUUAAGUGAAAUUUUAAGUCAGGAACAGUCUGAAAAGAUGACAAAGCAUCCCUAUGUGACUGAUAGUUCAUGUUUCUAGCUAGAACAUUAACGAUCAUCCUUUUUUCCCAGCUUACCCAUUUAUUUGUAAGAGGAAUGAAAAGGGGAUGAACCAUACAUUCCUCAAAUUUUCAAAUUUUUUUGACUGUGUUGACAAAGAGGGUAUUUUUCCCACUGUCUAAAUAAAGAACUGUUUUUCUAUGGACCAAACAGUAAGUCACAUAAUCGUGUGGAAAAAAAAAAAUCUUUGCUAUUGUGUGGAAACUAAAUUGCAUUUCUGUUUAUUAAGUAGUAGCCUGAAAGUUCAUGUCACAAAAUAAAGGAUCCUUGGGAAAUUUCUUAUGUCAGUCACCUAGUAUACAUGCUAUCAGUGGGAACACAUGUGGAACCAGCACUUUUGUAACUCAGCAACAAUGAUGGCUAUUUAAAUGGAAUGCAAGAUAAAAAUGUACUGAAGUCUCGUACAUCUAUUUCUCAAGAAGCAAAGUUGCCAAAUUAAUAAACCUAUACUUUGAUCUUCAGCAGAUCAGUGGAUUGGUUCAAAUGCAAAGUCCUGUGCAGACUUUUAAGUGUGCUCUUUGAAAGAGUAUACAGCCAAACUCGUUUCUUCUCAGCAACAGCAAAGAUAUGUGAAGUGAAAAAUAAAAGCUCUCAUAUCAAAAUAAAUCCCCAGUGGAACUUCUUAGUGCUAUGGGACGUUAAUAGUUAGGAUGUUUUUAUUACUUGUGCAAAAUAGCACAUAUUCCUUUAUACUGACUUUAAUUUAUCAUGAAAACUGUCAUGCUAAUGGGAAUUGUUUUAUUUGUAAAUAAGUACUCAUAAUUUUGUUACUGAUGGUGUUUUUACCAAGACUAUGGAAAACCAAGUUUCACUGUGUAUAUACAUGUGUAUAUAUUGCCGGUAGUGCAAGGGGAAAAGAUGUAGACUGGGCCACAUUAGCUGGCCUUGACUCAGACAAAGUAGUCACUUCUUCCUGCCUUUACUGUUCCAGUGCCUAGGCUGUUGAGUACAGAAAAGUUUAUUUUAGACAUGAUGGCCUUUCCUUCGUUAGUUAUAGUCAAAUUAAGCCCAUCACAAGCUAUAUCAGGCAGGAACUAGCAAGUUAAAUCCAACCCACUGCCUGUAUUUGUACAGCCCUCCAGCAAAAGAUGGUUUUUACUUUGGGGGACAGAGACCAGAAGAAUGUUUUAUGACAUGUUAAAAUUGUUCUAAGCUCAAUCUGUAAAUAAAGUUUUAUUGGAACCCAG